AUGAAAUAAAAUGAAAAAAAGAAGAUUUUUCACAUUUAAUAUUGAAUAUGAAGAUGAAUCAUUAAAAUAUGAAUAAAGUUAAAGAAAAUAAAUUAUAGAGAGACGAAUAUAAUGAUUAGAUAGAUAAUAGAAUUUGUUUUUUGUUUCCUUUUCAUAGAUUAUUAAUCAAACUAAGUUUUUUCAAUUUAAUUGUUUUUGAACUUGAACUUUUUCCAUAAAGCUUAAAAUAAUGAUGUAAGGACAGAUUAUGACGUGCAAAAUGUUGAUAUUUAUAUAUUGACACUUUGGACUUUAGUAGUGCGAUAGUAUAGUUCCUCUAAAAUUGAUAAGGAGGAGACAAAAUAGUAUGUGCAAUUGAAUGUCAAUUCGUUAGAGGGCGUCGUCAGCUCUAUAAAAAAGAAAUAGUUAAGAUUGAACAUCUAGGUUUAGCGAAGAAGUCUGAAUGCAUUGUUUCAACUUCUUAAAAGAACAAAAGUCGUCAAAAGGAUUACAGAACUUUGAACUUAGCCCAGAUGUCAUAAUUGUUGCUACACGUGCCGUUCAGAUAAAUGAAAAGAGGAUGGAGGAUUACAAAGGGGCCGAUGAUGACCUUGAGGACGACGAUGACGAAUUGGCUCCCUUAGUUAUAGAAACUCCCAGCACAAACUCACCGCAACCAUCUGAGGGUCCAGCAUUUCCGGUUCCAAUGGAAAUUGGGGGUGAUAUUGAUGACGAUGAAGAUACUUCUGCUACAGAGACGACAACUACUCCUAAACCAAUGGUGAAACCGAUUCGUCAACCAUCGCCGAACAAAUCGAGAAAAAAAGGCGACAAGAUUCAACCAGUUGGAAUAGCUCCCGACGGUUCCGUGCAUUUCAAGUGUCCGGUAUGCAGUAUGGUUCUUCAAUCGCAACACGAUUUAACCAAGCAUAUCAGAACGCACAAUACUAUUGCGGCAUCACCUGGAUCAAGCAACACCUGUACAAUCUGUGGCAAAGUUCUCAGUAGUCAGAGUUCUCUCGAUAGACAUAUGCUCGUUCACUCGGGAGAAAGACCAUUUCAGUGCAAGUACUGCUCCAUGGCUUUUACAACCAAUGGUAAUAUGCAUCGCCAUAUGCGAAUUCAUGCUAAGGAGGGAACCGCUACAACCUCCGCCGUUAAGAAGGCCAAACGUAAAUCCGAACCACAAGAAUUAUCUGCUGUUACUGUUAAGAAGCAGCCGAAAGUUAAUCAAACUCUACCUCCCUCCCAGGAAAAACCUAUUCCGUCCAAGAUGACGCCAAAUGUGGCGAAUGAAUGCCCUGUCCAAGAAUGCGGAAGAAAGGCCUUUCUAACUGCCUACGGAUUAGACGCUCAUAUGAAGACGUGCCAUUCAAAUUUGAUUCUUCAGUGCCCCGUUUGCUUCGUUCCAUGUUCGUCGAGGCGUGUUCUUUUUCAGCAUGUCUCUACUACCCACGGCACUCUCCCCAAGAAGAAGAUAGAACAGGAUGGAACCCGUGAAGAGGUAUUGUCAUUCCACGAACUAUCCUUCUUCGAUUUCACUCAUUCGAAAUUUCCUCUAAUCGCUAAGGUAUGGUGUGAUAAGAACAAGCUCGUCGAGAAGGAUGAUUCAGAAAAGCGUUUCGAGUGCUCAGUGUGCGAUAGCCAAUUCCCGAGCGAAGACACGUUGAGGAUCCACAAAAAUUGGCAUGCUCUUGAAGGUCAGAUGGCGUCCAGAUGCGUCGAGUGCGAUGUAGACUUCGAAGAAGCUUCAGAGUUGGACGAGCACGAGAUUCGACACGUUAAGGAUGCCGUAUUGAAAAGAGCGGAAGUCAAGCACGAUAUACGCGAAGAUGUCUCCCGUGAAGAGUUUCUCGCCGCUUUUGAUUUGAAAGUGAACAAAGAAAAUCAGAACGAGAAACAACUACAGCAAGCAUCCUAUAUUAACAGGCUACAAAAACUGUUUGAAAGUCCGACCCAGCCCGUCAAGUCGGAGCUACAUCCCGCCUUUGGUUCGCCACCUUUUCCUGCCGUCAGCCUUCUAUCAGAUGUUGCCAAAAAGUUCGAGUAUCCGUUUCCCCAAGGAAGCCCUUCACCCGUUAAAGAUGAAACUCCCCGUCCAUACGUAUGCCGAUUAUGCAGGAUUAAUUUUUCUUCUAAAAGUAAUGUUGAAAAACAUCUUCAGACUAAACACGGAGUUCUGGUGAAGGACGAAAUCGAGACGGCCAUCUCCUGCUUCUCCCCGACGCAUCUUACCCAUCCCAAUUCCGCCAACACUCUUCCCCAGAUAACAACCCCUAAUUCGAAAUCAUCCGUUCGCUUCGAGUGCCGUCUUUGCAACGCUUAUUACGAUAGAAGAGCCGAUUGUGUCCGACACGUAACUCAACAACAUUCUAACGUGCCUUGUGAAAUUAUUGAUACUCAAAUUGCUCAAGUUCCAGUCACCCAACAGGAGACGCCAAUUGAUUUAAGCGUAAGACGAAAUCGUAAGAAUUCCUCGCCCGUUAGAAGUGGAACAAACUUGACACAUUUCUGCGAAAUAUGUCGAGCAGGUUUUACAGAUGUUGAAGAUCUUCAGCGUCAUGUUCAGGCUAAGCAUGAGGAUAAGGAGAUCCUAAUGAGCGCUUUCGUUAAAGAAAAACUUCGCGAGAGGUUGGAAGUUAACAACAACACUGAGUUUUUUAUGAGAACGAAAAAGAACUCAUAUUCAGAUUCUCCACAUAAACAUGUAUGCCCACAUUGCUUCAGGGCAUUCCCUUGGGAAUCAUCAUUAAAGCGCCAUGUGCUUACUCACACCGGCCAAAAGCCGUUCAAGUGCCCAUGUUGUAGCGUGUACUUUUCAACAAAAUCGAAUAGAGAACGUCACGUAGCAAGAAAGCACGGUUUAGACGUUCAAGAUAGGGUUACGAAAAUGCUGAUGGAAUUAGCCCAUGCAUGCUCAUAUUGUACACGCUCACCACAGCGUUUCGCAACAAGCGAACAGCUAAUCGCUCAUCAUACACUUUACCAUGCGGAUAAACCUCUUCCAGAGGAAGCUCAAGCUAGAUCUUAUCAAGAUGAAGACGAUGAUGCCGAUGUUAGCUCCAGAAGUACGUCGCCUGAGGCUGCUUCAACUUCUGCCGAAUGCGGAAAAUGCGGGGUUGUUUUGCCCUCAAGGAAUCUAUUGACAAGACACAAUAGAGAAGAGCACCGGUCAGAAGUAGCUUUUAGAUGCCACCUUUGCGACGCCAGUUUUCAAGAUAGGAGAGCGUGCGCUGAACACGUUGUAGCUAAACAUCCAGAAGUUUGGAAUGCUGUCUCGGAAAAAAAUGGAUAUGACGAUGUUCAAGCUCUUUGCGAUUCGGUUGACGCAACCAGUGGCAACCAUCGUGACGAUUACGACGAAAAAAGAAUUCAAGCGGCUAAAGUCGCAUGUUUCGCUUGUCGAAAGAGAUUUGGUAGUUUGCAAGAUUUACGACGUCACAUGGCAACACACACUGGAGAGAGAGCUUUUGUUUGCCCACUAUGUGCCAAACGAUUUUCAUUUAAGCACAGUCUGAGGCGUCACAUGAGGCGGCACGAAAUAAACGAGGCAUCUGAUUCGAACCCUGCGAGUCCUGCACCGGAAAUGGCUAAGGCGUGACAGAAAUUUGUUAAAUUUCCAAGCGUUUGUUUUCUCCCUUCAUAAUUUGUAAAUCAUAUAUUUGAAAGUUUGAGUUUGCGGUGAAUGUUUUCAACAAAAUUGUUGUUGUUUUUUUUUUCUGGCGCAUUCCGUCCUAAAUCGCUCCACUGUGAUACACUUUUUUCCUUCGGAUAGAGAAUGUGGUCUAUUUUUUACUGCUGGUCUUACUAUAAUAUCUAUGCAUUUUUUUUUGAAGAGUUGGUUUGAAUAUAAUUAACCGAGGUUGUGUUUGCUCAUCUUGCAAUCCUAUACGCUAUACAAGAAGCAAAAUUGUGCGAUAAAAGACGCUUGAAUAUUUGAAAAUUUUAAUUAGACAAAUUAUUAUAAUAAUAAUUAAGGAAUCAUAAAAAAAUGUGUAGAAAAUCCCUACAUUAUCUUUAUUAUUAUUGAUAAUAUUCUUUUACGUUUUCACAUCUACCUAUGUUUAUUAUUUAUGUUCUAGUUUUAAAAAUAUUACAUCAUAAUUUUAUUUUUUGCUCUCUCUCUCUCUCUCUCUCUGUCUCUUACUUUUUCUUUAUU